AUGGCUCCAGCAUUUCGGCCCGUCAAUAUCCCGCGGGAAGACUCGGCCACAGAAGCUACUUCAAGCUCACCACCGAGAACACCGCGACCAACGACCGCCCCCGCCCAGUCAACAAGACCACUUGAGGACGCCACGACGCCAACUCGAGACAGUUUUGCGACCAGCGCGUUGGCGUCCCAGAGGCCACUUCCAGUCUCGGGACCUCCCGACUCGGUGCAGAUACCCGAACUAAGACCGCCCAGAACGACUGUCGACUCCCGACAGGCGGGACAAUCCGGGGAUUCGCAGGAUGGUGGUGACGAUAUGUCAGAUGACGAAGGCAGCGCGAAAGUGGGCGGAACCAAGAACAGAAAGAAGAACCCGUCAAGGUUUCCCUGCAAGGGCUAUCCCCCGUGCACCCUGAGCUUCACCAGGAGCGAACACCUGGCUCGUCAUAUCAGAAAGCAUACCGGGGAACGGCCUUUUGCGUGCGGCUGCGGGAAGCGCUUUUCGAGGUACGACAACCUCCGGCAGCACUCGGCUACCGUACACCACAGGGAGGAUAUUCCGCCCGAGUCUCUUGCGGCUACAGGAGCACGUUUCCAAAGGCAGCACAGGACGGACAGGAUACGCCCCACCAGCAGCCGAUCCAGAGCGUCACCAGGCGACAGCAUUCGAUCUGGGGGCCGUGGUCACGCAAAGAGUUUCUCCAUGUCGUCCAUGUCGAGUAUCGCAAGCGCGAGCUCGCUGGGUUCUACGUAUCCCGUAGACGAGGCUCGCCCCAGGCCGCCGCCGCUCGUGAUGGCGGAUGAGCGGCCGAGGUAUCCGGGGGGCGAGCCAUACUACAAUCUUGAAGGGCAAUAUUACUUGCCACCUUCGCCGAGUGAUUUCAGCACCCCAACCUCGGCAACGUUCUCUCACGGCCAGAGCAGCCCUCAUUGGGGCCCCGCUUAUUCUGGCCCUUCUCAUGCUAGAUCUAACAGCAUGUACGCUGGCUCCAGGACACCCGGCCGCCGCUUGAGCGUGCCAUCCGGGGCCAACCCUUUCCAAUCGCCGCAUGGCGUAACCUUCGGAGGGCCCUUACCCGGGCCGUCCGGGUUGAACGCGUCCUCGGCCGGAGAUGAGGCAUGGCGCAGACGCACGUGGCAUCCCGACACGGAUGGUGGUUACUACGGGCCGCCAAGCAGACCCCCGUCACAGACGGUACGUCUUCCAGGCAUAGAGACGUUCGACCGGAUCGUGAGGGAGAAUGAAACCGCACCCUCAAUGAAUUCUGUCCUGCAGUUCACCGACUCGGAUCACUGGGAUCGACGUGAGGACCCAAUCAGGCCCGCAAUCAAUAACACCCCACCGAGGGACAGCGCUUGGGCAUGGGCAAACGAAGCCAACCAGGCCCUCCUUGCUCAGGCUGAGCAGGCUCGGGUCGGAUUCGAGCCUGAGACGCAUACCGCGCCGAGAGGAGCACUUCCUCUAUUAUCGAGGCCAGCGUACCUUCCUCUCGAGCCUAGGCCUCUGCCUCGACAUCAACAUACCCUGUCAGCGCCUUUGGCCAGCACUACACGGCCACCUAGUCACUUCGGAUGGCACAAUGGGCGAUCUACUUUUACCCCGCCUGAAGACACCAACCACUAUCCGCAGCGGCGAAACGUCAUUGACCGCAUUCUCCACCCGAACAUGGGAUCCUUCCAAGGAUUUCCGGCUCGCGAGCAGCAAGCUGCUAUGCACCAGCAGCCUGAACCUGGCAGGGCGCGGAUGGAGCGGAUCCCCGAGCGGCCGCCGAACCCGGGAGCAAACAGGGAGUUCCUGCGUGGACUGGACGCGCUCGUAGCCGUUGCGACCAACGAAGCGUCUCAGCAGCAGCAGCGCUUUAGGGGUGAACCCGGGCAACAAUACGAAGAAGGAGUAGGAACCAAUUAGGUAUUCUUCUUCCUUUCUUGGUCAUCUUUUCUUGGUCAUCUUUUCUUGGUCAUCUUUUCUUCUGCAUCUCCUGUUGCGAGUCUCCUAAUGUAUGGGUGGGCACGGUUGCUUGGAGUUGAAGCUAAAUUGGUCCUGCGUUGGUUUUGCUUUUACCUGGGGCGCCAUCGGAAUCGGAGAAAAAAAAAAAGGAGUGACGACCAUCUUGUCUUGCUUUUACGAACUACGAAACGACCAAGGGAACUACUAGGUCACGGUGGAAUACCCAACUCAACUCGGACGGGCGGCAUCUGUGGAUUUCAGAUCAUGGCAGGAAACGGUGGCUUAGGUUGCAUUUCAGCGGGGUUCAUUCACGACUUGUUGGGGACGAUAUGGUGCAUGGCGAGA